GAGAAGUUUGUGUGACGUAAUCAGCCAGUUAACGUAUUGGUUGUUUUUCUUCCCUAAGGGAUCUGUGUGGCGUGCCAGCUGUUAAGAAUAGAGCUGCAGUAGAGGCGGUGAAUGAUGCUGAGCUGCUAACUGGCAAACUGAAACAUGACUGAUACAGAUGAACCCCAGGCUUCUGGCUCUGAUUACCCUGAUGCCCAAGAGCUAAUAUGCAGUUGGCAGAAAGAACCAUACAAGGUACAUGCAUGUGAAACAAAUACACAAAUGGAGUGUUCUUGUUCAAGGCAGAAGAAUGCUGCUCCUGAGGAGUCUUCAGAUGAGCUUAACAGUAUACAUAAACCUUCAGCUGAGGUUUUACUGGACAGCAGUGAUUCAGAAAUUAAAUGUUUUUUCUUCUUCUUCAGUGAUCUCUCUGCUGCUGGUGGCAGUGAGUACCAUCCUAAGUGCUCCAUUGCACCUUCAAAGCAAGAAAGGAGAUCUCAACCUUCAAGGCAGCAAGCUGAAUCUGUUGCAGGAGUGCCUGACAAUGAAAGCUCUUCAGAUUCUUCUCUGUCCCCUCAAAGUCCAGUGAAAUCAUCAGAAACUUCCAAGAAGCAGAAGUCAAAACUCAAUUUGAAAGCCAUUUUUGCCUAUCACUUCAGGGGAAAGAAGUUUAAGGCUGCUGCACACCGAAAAUACAAGAGUGGCUCAGGGAAGAAGAAGAAGAAGAAAAAGUAUGUGAGCACACAGAUGCCUACGGGGAGGCCACCGCUGACAGCCUCACCACAAGAGCAAAAGAGAAGGCUUCUAGACAGAGGUUUUCAGUUCCCUUUUGUUGAAAAACAUUAUGGGAAGAAACAUAUUCCCUUAAAGAUGGUUCUUGGCUAUGAGCAAGCAGCUGCAAAGGGAUAUUUCCAGUACAUUGAAGUGCUUAAAUAUGAAGAACAUCUUAAAAAAGCUUUAAAAGCCCUUCAGGCUAGUGAAGACUUAGAAAGAGAAUGUCUGGUGGUACGGAAACACAAAUAUUUAGAUGAUGAAGGCCCUAUUUCCCCUAUUCAGGAGAUGAAUGAUGAUGACAGCUUGAAUUCUGAUAGUCAAGACAACCCUGAUGCCAGAGUAGUGGAGAACAGCUCUUUCAUUAUAAGCAGCAAAAUUCCCAAUAAGAAAAAAUCAAAGCCAGAAACGAAACGUGCAAAAUCAACUGAAGUGAUUGAAGUAGAGGAGGAAGAUGACUGUGCUGCUGAGAACUCUGGGCUUCUGCAAGGUUCACCUCGGUGAACAGAAAACUAACAAAUGAGGUGGCAGUGGUCACACCUCUUUCAUGGCCUACUUGGUUUAAAACAUUGGUCUGAAGUCAAUGUUGAGCUAUCAAUCAAGCAACCUAGUCAGAUUUGAUUUAAGUUCAUGUUGCUUUUGGAAGAUGAAAUACCACUCGGUUUUCUUGAUGUGCAAGACUCUGCAGAUGAACACACCAGCUCUGCAGCAGUGAGCAGUUGUAACUUCUUUGGACUGCUUGAAUUCUUACGGCUGUUUGCUGGCCUGACGUACAAAUCUAUUACUUCGGUGGACUUUUGUGGAACAUGUUAGCGAAAGAGGGGCAUUCCUGUGAUGUCUGGAACACAGUGGAAAGCCUCUACUUAAGGGAAGUCUACAUGAUAGUCCAGUCUGAAUUAGCAUCUUGGUGGUAUGUAAUUAGAGAAAAUGAGAGAAGAAAUGCAGGAUACCAUUUCACAGGAAUCUGAAGCCCCUUCUAGGGUACCAGCUUGAUACACAUGAAAAAAAGAUUCAAGUGGAAAAGCUUGGUGCUUUAGGAUACAGAACAAAGUGAACUUUGCUGUGUUCAGAGGAUGAGCUGGGGAAGACGAUAACCUGUUUGACAGUGUCUGCUGCCAAGACACUGCAUGUCAGAGGGCUGAGAAACACCACCUGAGUGCCACCAAAGCAAGCCUGAAGGUCCUGGUGAUGUUGCUGCAAGUCUGCUGCAAAGAACUGCACAGCUCUUCCAAAUGGAGAAGGAACCUUAUCUAGAGUGUAUAUUGCAGUAAUUCAGAACUAAACAUUCGUUCUAACUUCCCUUACUGCUUUAAAUUGAACUAGGAUGUUGUUUGGAAACCAGUUUGGAAGCACAGGGAGCCUUGCCCCUUACCCUUCCAGUUGUGACUUGCCUGUUUUGCCUUCCUGUGAGAUGUGGCAAAGCUGCCUGCUUGGUGUUGCAGAAGAGCUAACUAACCUGAGUGUAUCGAGUUGUGAUAUGACUGGAAAAGGUUUUAUCAGCUGUUUUCCCUCACUUCCUUGUCACUGAACUCAACUGUACUAAAGCUCUGGAGAGGUAUUUAUUCUGUACAGAAGGUCUCAGCAUUUAAAUAAAACUGAUGUCUGAAAGCUGCA